AAUCUCUACAAAAAUGCCGCAGCCUGCAAUGGAAACAAUCACAUUUUCUAGCCGUCCAGAACUCUACAAGAGAGGUUACAAACAUUCGAAUAUCAGCAUUUCGGACGAAUUCCAAUGCGAGCUGAUUGACAUGCGCACUAGCAACGAGAAACAAUUUCAAGUUGGAAUGGACUUCUAUUGGAACGAGGAAGAAAUCGAGAGAAUUACUGGAACAGUCACCUUGUGCUACAGCUCUGGAAAUGGAUUUGGUAGCUGGGUCGAGUCAGAGACCUCUGUUGAUCUAUCCAAACCAGGGCUCACAAUCGGAAAAGUGUUCGAUACGAACUUCCACGUUAUGUAUACCAGCUAUAGGUAUUCUCUAACGAUUCAUCGCUCCCACUGCCUUCAUAGGCUUUACGAAAAAAUGUUCUCUCCAUCCGAGCAAUCUGACGCGGUUCUGUUAGUUGGGGAUAAAAAGCUUCAUGUUAACAAGGCUUUUCUCUCCUGCCACUCUACCUAUUUCCGUUCUCUGUUCGCAAAGCAAGCUGACACCGGGAUCCUGAUUGAAGGGGUCACCUACGACGAGUUCGGGCUUCUCAUGAGUACCAUCUAUCCUGAAAUGGUUCUGUCGACAGACAAAACCGCCGAGCUACUCCUCAGACUGGGAGAUCGUUUCAAGAUGCCAGCUGUAAUGCACCAUGUUGAAACCCGACUUAUUGAGUGGACCCAGUUGACAGACCAAAAAUUAAUGUUCCUCGCGGACAAGUUCAAAUUGCAAAAGCUGCUGGAAAGAACCAUAAGCUGGAUCGACUUCUUGGAUGAUUCCAGAAUGCUCAAAGAAUCUGCUGAGUACUCUGAACUGUCGGAUUCAACGAAGGCCAAGAUCUUGGAUCGUCUCAAUUCAUUGCCAUUGUCAAACGAAAACUAUACUAAUUACAGUAGUGAUGGGUAUUUUAAUCGUGAUGUGAUGCGCAAUAUUUUGUUUAUAUUAGUCGGCGUUUGGUUACACAAUACUGCUUGUCUAAUUGUGUCCUUCUGUAAAUCAACUAAAAAUUAGUUUCAAGAGUAAAAUUCGACCGAUUUCGCAUUGUUUAUUGUACUUCUCAUCACGUUUGUUUUCCCGUACUGUUUUUCAUGGAAUAAAAUUUUUUGGUCUAUCGUUGG